UUUCAGCGACCUUUGGCUCUGGGAGCUGAUAUUUGUAUGUAUUCAGCAACAAAAUAUAUGAAUGGCCACAGCGAUGUUGUAAUGGGCUUAGUGUCUGUUAAUUCUGAGAGCCUCCAUGAGAAGCUCCGAUUCCUGCAGAAUUCAAUUGGGGCAGUCCCCUCUCCUUUUGACUGUUACCUCUGCAAUCGAGGCCUGAAGACACUACAAGUCCGAAUGCAGAAGCAUUUUGAAAAUGGAAUGGCAGUUGCUCAGUUUCUGGAGUCACAUCCUCUGGUGGAAAAGGUUAUUUAUCCUGGGCUGCCCUCUCAUCCUCAGCAUGAGUUGGCAAAGCGUCAGUGCACAGGUUGCCCGGGGAUGAUCACCUUUUAUAUUAAGGGCGCUCUUCAGCACGCUGAGGCUUUCCUCAAGAGCCUGAAGUUAUUUACUUUGGCUGAGAGCUUGGGAGGAUAUGAGAGUCUUGCUGAGCUUCCGGCAAUUAUGACCCAUGCAUCAGUGCCUGAGAACCACAGAGAGGCCCUUGGAAUUAGUGACACACUGAUUCGACUCUCUGUGGGCUUAGAGGAUAAAGAAGACCUACUGGAAGAUUUAGAUCAAGCUUUGAAGAAAGCACACCGUCCAAAUGCAUAUUGAACUUAGCAUGCCAGAACUGCUAUUAGAAGUUGCUUCCUGAGAGAUCAAAUAUUCUGAAUAAUCGAAUGGACCAUUAAUGAACUUUUAUAGAUUUUCAAGUGAAAAUUUUAAGGCACCUCAUUACCUUUCACACAACUGUAAUCUUCCAGGGAUCACCCCUGUUUUCCACAGUUUCCUCUUUCCCUGAUUGUCAUUGACAGGUCAAUGCUGUUAAUAUCUUUUUGUUAAUUUUGGCAUACAUUUGCCUUUGAAGGAGGUGAAAUUUGUGUUGCUUUUUGGAUUAUUCUCUUUUUUUCAUAGCUUAAGAAUUAUAUUGAUCAUGUUUACAAUAUAGUGAUAAUUCACUUUUGAUGUUUUCUGAAGAACUUAAAUUAUUAAAUGAAUGUUUUUAAAUCAAGUGUGAUUUUUCAUAUCAUUGAAAACAGCACUAAAGCAAUGGUUUACACUUAAUUACCAUAAGCCAAAUAUCACAUGCCUGUAAAGUUUACUGUGAAAUUCUAGUGAUUUAAGAUGGUGUUUACUAUUUAAAAAAAAAUAAAUCUAAUUAUCAAAUCCA